CAUCAUUUCUUCACACCGUAAAUCAUUCUAUUUCUCUCUAUCUAUCUAAAUCAAGCAAAAAUUUCAAACACCUAAAAAACUCUCAAACUUUUCUCUCUCAUCUCAUCAAUGGCGCCAAAAGCAGACAAGAAGCCAGCUGAGAAGAAGCCAGCCGCCGAGAAGCCGGAAGAGAAGAAAGCCGCCGCCGCUGAGAAAGCUCCAGCUGAGAAGAAGCCGAAAGCCGGUAAGAAGCUUCCGAAAGAAGCCGGAGCCGCCGCCGCCGGUGAAAAGAAGAAGAAGAGAUCGAAGAAAAAUGUCGAAACUUACAAGAUCUAUAUCUUCAAAGUUCUCAAACAAGUUCAUCCUGAUAUCGGAAUUUCUAGUAAAGCUAUGAGUAUCAUGAACAGUUUCAUCAAUGACAUUUUUGAGAAACUUGCUCAAGAAUCUGCGAAGCUUGCGCGUUACAAUAAGAAGCCGACGAUUACUUCUCGGGAGAUUCAAACUGCUGUGAGACUUGUUCUUCCUGGUGAAUUGGCUAAGCAUGCAGUUUCUGAAGGAACUAAGGCUGUUACUAAGUUUACUAGCUCUUAAUUUAGUUUAUGUUAUUUUUUUUUAAUUUUUGUUGAUUUUCGGUAAGUAUGGUAGGAAUUAGGGUUUGGAGGUUGAAUUUGGGGAAAAAUCUGGAUUUGUGGUUGUAUUUUGGCUGGUUUAUGAAUAGGUUUGGUUUUAAGAUGUAUGAUACUAAAUCUCUGAUCUUACAACUUAAUGAAAUGCUUUUGUGAAAAA